GUUGUCAUCAUCACUGAGGUUUUACUUGCAGUAUCAGAUUUAUGAAUGGCAGCCUAACAUUGCGUUUGGCCUAUUUCUUGUAUGUUUCGUAGGUUAAAAUAUGCUGUAGUGCAUCUGUGGAAACUAUAUGUAUACGAUAGUAAUGAUGUUUUAUGAUAGGCUAGAGGAUUAGUUUGAGGAUUACAUUCUUCCAGUUAUUCCACAACCAUUUGUUUUAUUUAUUUUUGUAUAUGUUGCAUUAAAUAUGCAACUAUUUGAAUUAGAGAGAAGCAUUACUAAAAAUACUUUUAACACAGGUCGAUCUGUAGGAGGACGUUGGUUUAAUAAUGAAGUAAAUACAUUGCAAAUAAUUAUUAGCAGCAGAAAAAAGUUAAUUCACAACAGCCAGGGACUGCUUGAAUGAAUGUACAUAGUCUAGUGUAAUUUUAUAACAUAGAACCAGAAGUGACUAAGUUGAAUGCCAUUCCAUACGGAUGUAAAUAUUGACCACUGUUUAAUGUUGGAUUAACGUUUGCACCAUUGGAAAAAUGUCUGUAUUAACACUAUUUUACUGAUGCGAAGAAAAUACAACAUUGCGAGCGUAUUUCUGUCAUUUUAAGAACAGCGCUAGGGACAAGUAUUGUUAAUUCGUCAGAGCCCUCUCUUUGUAAAAGCAUUCUUAAGAGUUAAAAAAAUACAUACUGUAUAUUACAAUUUGUCAGAUAUCAUCAUCAUGGCGGAUCGGACAGCUCCCCGUUGCCAGCUAAGAUUGGAGUGGGUUUACGGGUACAGGGGCCACCAGUGCCGCAAUAACCUGUAUUACACCACAGGAAAGGAAGUGGUUUACUUCGUGGCUGGGGUCGGUGUGGUCUACAACACAAGAGAACACACCCAGAAGUUUUUCCUGGGACACAACGAUGACAUUAUCAGCCUUGCUUUACACCCUGAUAAAACCCAAGUUGCCACUGGCCAGGUUGGAAAGGACCCAUAUAUAUGUGUUUGGGAUACCUACAAUGUGCAGACCAUCUCUAUUCUCAAAGAUAUGCACACGCAUGGAGUGGCCUGUUUGGCUUUUGAUUUGGAUGGACAGCGUUUGGCCUCUGUGGGAUUGGAUGCCAAAAAUAUGGUAUGCGUUUGGGACUGGAAGAAAGGAAAAGUGCUGGCCACCGCAACUGGGCACUCUGACCGGAUCUUUGAUAUUGCCUGGGAUCCCUAUCAGCAGAACAGACUUGUCAGCUGUGGGGUAAAACACAUUAAGUUCUGGGCAUUAUGUGGAAAUGCUUUGACACCAAAAAGAGGUAUCUUUGGCAAAACAGGGGACCUCCAGACCAUCCUGUGUUUGGCCAGUGCUAAAGACGACAUCACAUAUUCUGGUGCACUAAACGGGGACAUCUAUGUCUGGAAAGGCCUCAACUUGGUUCGCACAAUUCAAGGAGCGCAUGGAGCUGGGAUAUUCAGCAUGUAUGCCUGUGAAGAAGGUUUUGCCACUGGUGGAAGAGAUGGUUGUAUACGACUAUGGGAUACAGACUUCAAGCCAAUCACCAAAAUUGAUCUCAGGGAGACUGAGCAAGGAUAUAAAGGGUUGUCAAUAAGGAGUGUAUGCUGGAAAGCAGACCGCAUACUAGCAGGAACACAGGAUAGCGAGAUAUUCGAGGUGAUGGUGAGAGAGAGAGAUAAACCACUGUUGAUAAUGCAGGGCCACUGUGAAGGAGAGCUCUGGGCCUUGGACCUUCAUCCCAAGAAACCGCUGGCAGUAACAGGCAGUGAUGACAGAUCUGUACGGCUGUGGAGUCUGGCAGACCAUGCCCUGAUUGCCCGCUGCAACAUGGAAGAGGCCGUGCGGAGCGUGGCUUUCAGCAGUGAUGGCUCUCAGUUAGCUCUUGGAAUGAAGGACGGCUCCUUCACUGUUCUCAGGGUCAGGGAUAUGACUGAAGUAGUUCACAUCAAAGACAGAAAGGAAGUUAUCCACGAAAUGAAGUUUUCUCCUGAUGGCUCCAACCUUGCUGUGGGUUCCAAUGAUGGCCUGGUAGAUGUAUACGCAGUGGCUCAGCGCUACAAGAAAGUGGGCGAGUGCAACAAGUCUUCUAGUUUUAUCACCCACCUCGACUGGUCUGUCGACAGUAAAUACUUACAAACCAAUGAUGGAGCCGGCGAGCGACUGUUCUACAAGAUGCCAUCUGGUAAACAUUUGACAAGUAAAGAUGAGAUCAAGGGUAUCCACUGGGCUACCUGGACCUGUGUGAUUGGGCCUGAAGUCAGUGGGAUUUGGCCAAAAUACACUGACAUAAAUGAUAUAAAUUCAGUGGACGCAAACUACAACAGUGCUGUGCUAGUCACCGGAGAUGAUUUUGGACUUGUGAAGCUUUUUAGAUUUCCCUGUUUGAAAAAAGGGGCAAAAUUCCGAAAAUAUGUUGGUCAUUCAGCUCAUGUCACAAAUGUUCAUUGGUCCCAUGACCUACAGUGGGUGCUGAGCACAGGAGGGGCUGACCACUCUCUGUUUCAGUGGAGAUUAAUUCCAGUUGGGAUGCCUAAUGGAUGUCUGGAAACUUCAGUUCAAGAGGGAUGUGUUGACUCCAACAGUGAAGAAUCAGACUCUGAUUUAUCGGACGUGCCAGAGUUGGACUCAGACAUUGAACAGGAAGCCCAGAUUAACUAUGACCGUCAGGUGUACAAAGAAGAUCUACCUCAGCUCAAGCAACAAAGCAAAGAGAAAAACCAAUCGGUCAGCUCCUUAAAGCGUGAAAGAGCUCCAGAAGAGAGUCUAAAACUGCAGUUCGUUCAUGGGUACAGAGGCUAUGACUGUCGAAACAACCUGUUUUACACACAGGCUGGAGAGGUGGUUUACCACAUUGCUGCUGUGGCUGUCAUAUACAACAGACAGCAGCACACACAGCGAUUUUAUGUUGGACAUGAUGAUGACAUCCUUAGCUUAGCUAUCCACCCUGUAAAGGAUUAUGUGGCUACUGGACAGGUCGGAAGGGAUCCCUCCAUUCAUGUGUGGGAUACACAAACGCUGAAAUGUCUGUCUCUACUGAAAGGUCAUCAUCAGAGGGGCGUUUGUGCUCUUGAUUUCUCAGCGGAUGGAAAGAGCCUGGUUUCUAUUGGCAUAGAUGACAAUCACACAAUAGUUAUUUGGGACUGGAAGAAGGGUGAAAAGCUGGCGACAGCAAGAGGACACAAAGAUAAACUCUUUGUGGUGAAGUGUAAUCCUCAUCAUAUGGACAAGCUUGUUACAGUUGGGAUGAAGCACAUUAAAUUCUGGCAGCACGCAGGUGGAGGCCUUAUAUUUAAACGAGGGACUUUUGGCAGCGCAGGGAAGCUGGAAACAAUGAUGUGUGCGUCCUAUGGCCGUGGAGAGGAUUUGGUUUUCUCUGGAGCAGCCACUGGGGAUGUUUUCAUCUGGAAAGACACUCUCCUGCUCAAGACGAUCAAGGCCCAUGAUGGCCCAGUGUUUGCCAUGUACUCCUUAGACAAGGGAUUUGUUACAGGAGGCAAGGACGGAGUAGUGGAGUUGUGGGAUGACAUGUUUGAGAGGUGUUUGAAGACAUAUGCCAUCAAGAGAGCUGCAUUGUCUCCCGGUUCUAAAGGUUUGCUUCUUGAAGACAAUCCCUCAAUCCGUGCCAUUACUCUGGGACAUGGUCACAUACUUGUAGGAACAAAAAAUGGAGAAAUACUUGAAAUAGAUAAAAGUGGCCCUAUGACCCUGCUGGUUCAGGGUCACAUGGAAGGAGAAGUCUGGGGCCUGGCAGCUCAUCCUCUGCUCCCAAUCUGUGCCACAGUGAGUGAUGAUAAGACCCUUCGAAUCUGGGAACUCUCCUCCAACCACCGCAUGGUAGCAGUGCGAAAACUCAAAAAAGGUGGCAGAUGCUGUGCCUUCUCCCCAGAUGGGAAAGCCUUAGCUGUAGGAUUGAAUGAUGGAAGUUUUCUUGUAGUGAAUUCUGAUACUUUGGAAGACAUGGUGUCCUUUCAUCACAGGAAGGAAAAUAUUUCCGAUGUCAGGUUUUCACAAGAUGCUGGAAAAUACCUGGCUGUGGCUUCUCAUGAUAAUUUUGUCGAUAUCUACAAUGUGCUGACCAGCAAGAGAGUUGGCAUCUGCAAAGGAGCAUCAAGCUAUGUCACACACAUAGACUGGGACACAAGGGGUAAAUUACUGCAAGUUAAUUCUGGUGCCAAAGAACAAUUAUUCUUUGAAGCCCCCAGAGGGAAACGGCAAACAAUCAGAAACUCAGAGAUAGAGCAAAUAGAUUGGGCCACGUGGACAUGUGUGUUAGGGCCGACGUGUGAAGGAAUCUGGCCAACACACAGCGAUAUCACUGAUGUAAAUGCUGCCUCCCUGACCAAAGACAGAAAGCUGCUGGCGACGGGGGAUGACUUUGGGUUUGUGAAGCUCUACACGUACCCUGUGAAGGGGCAGUAUGCAAAGUUUAAGAAGUAUGUUGGCCACAGUGCUCAUGUUACCAAUGUAAGGUGGUCCCAGGAUGAUUCCUCAUUGCUAACAGUAGGAGGCGCUGACACUGCACUGAUGAUCUGGGGAAGAGAAUCUGAUGGGAAUCGCGAGAAUAAGCCUAUGGACAGUGAAGAGUCAGAUACUGACACAGAGGAGGAUGGAGGAUAUGACAGUGAUGUCGCAAGAGAAAAAUCUAUUGAUUAUACAACUAAGAUCUAUGCAGUUAGUAUCCGAGAGAUGACCGGCACAAAACCCCACCAACAGCAGAAAGAAGUCUCUGUGGAAGAAAGGCCAUCUGUCAGCAGAGCUACCCCUCAACCUGAGAAACUGCAAAAAAAUAACAUGACAAAGAAAAAGAAACUUGUGGAGGAGCUUGUCUUGGACCACGUGUUUGGAUACAGAGGCUUUGACUGUCGUAACAACCUUCAUUACCUCAAUGAUGGAGCUGAUAUCAUCUUCCAUACUGCUGCUGCAGCCAUGGUUCAGAGUCUGUCAACAGGAACACAGAGUUUCUAUCUGGAACACACAGAUGACAUCCUCUGUUUAACUGUAAAUCAACAUCCUAAGUAUAAAAAUGUUAUCGCAACUGGGCAGAUAGGCGAUGUUGCAGAUCCAGCAGGUACAACUCCUUCUAUUCACGUGUGGGAUGCCAUGAGCAAACAGACUCUUUCCAUACUGCGCUGUUCCCAUGCUAAGGGUGUCAGCUAUGUGAACUUCAGCGCCACCGGCAAACUGCUGCUGUCUGUAGGAGUCGAUCCAGAGCACACCAUUACAGUCUGGAGAUGGCAAGAAGGUGCCAGAGUUGCUAGUAAAGGAGUCCACGCUGACAGGAUUUUUGUCGUGGAGUUCCGACCGGAUUCAGACUCACAGUUUGUGUCGGUGGGAAUAAAGCAUAUCAAAUUCUGGACUCUGGCUGGUGGUGCCUUGAUGUACAAGAAGGGCGUUAUCGGUUCAAUCGAGGAUGCAAGGAUGCAGACCAUGCUUUCUGUUGCAUUUGGUGCUAAUAAUCUUACUUUCACUGGUGCCAUAAACGGAGACGUGUAUGUGUGGAGGGAUCACGUUUUGAUUCGAGUGGUAGCUAAAGCACACACAGGUCCUGUCUUCACCAUGUACACGACUCUGAGAGAUGGGCUGAUUGUCACUGGAGGAAAAGAAAGACCGACUAAGGAAGGUGGGGCAGUCAAGCUGUGGGAUCAGGAAAUGAAGAGGUGCCGUGCUUUCCAACUAGAGACUGGACAGCUUGUGGAGUGUGUGAGGUCUGUCUGCAGGGGAAAGGGUAAAAUAUUAGUAGGAACUAAAGACGGUGAGAUCAUUGAAGUUGGAGAGAAAAAUGCAGCCUCCAAUAUCCUGAUCAAUGGACAUAUGGAAGGGGAGAUCUGGGGCCUGGCUACUCACCCCUCCAAAGAUAUGUUCAUCUCAGCAAGCGACGAUGGAACAAUACGAAUCUGGGAUCUGGCAGACAAAAAAUUAUUGAACAAAGUGAGUCUGGGCAAUGGUGCCAAAUGUGCAGGCUACAGUCCUGAUGGAGAGAUGGUCGCAGUUGGCAUGAAGAAUGGUGAAUUCAUCAUCUUCGUGGUGAACUCACUGAAAGUCUGGGGCAAGAAACGGGAUCGCAAUGCAGCCAUCCAGGACAUCAGGUUUAGCCCUGACAGCAGGUUCCUAGCUGUGGGCUCUUCUGAAAGCACUGUUGAUUUCUAUGACCUGACAUUGGGUCCAUCUCUGAACCGGAUCGGAUACUGCACAGAUAUUCCCAGCUUUGUUAUCCAGAUGGAUUUCUCUGCUGACAGCAAAUACAUUGAGGUUUCCACUGGUGCCUAUAAACGUCAGGUUCAUGAAGUUCCUAUGGGAAAGAUAGUGACAGAGCAGUCAUUGAUUGAAAGGAUAACAUGGGCAACCUGGACCAGCAUUCUGGGUGAUGAAGUUAUUGGAAUCUGGCCAAGAAAUGCUGACAAAGCCGACGUGAACUGUGCCUGUGUCUCUCAUGCUGGGCUAAACAUAGCGACUGGAGAUGACUUUGGUUUGGUGAAACUUUUUGAUUUUCCAAGCACUGAAAAAUUUGCCAAACACAAGCGAUAUUUUGGCCAUUCUGCUCAUGUGACCAACAUACGAUUCUCAUAUGAUGACAAGUACGUGAUAAGCACUGGAGGUGAUGACUGCAGUGUGUUUGUCUGGAAAUGCCUCUAAGGAACAGCCAUCCACAUGCUGAAUUCCAGACUACAUGGCAGCGAGCUGGAGGGAUUGAAAUGCCUCAAGUGUCUGGCUGCUACAAACCUGUUAAUAAAAUGCUGCAUUUAAACAUUUUAUCAAGUCGUGGAAUAGAAGUGCCACAUUAAUCAUCAAACAAGGAUGCUGAAGAAACAAAAAGAAAUCCACUGUGCAAUAACUUUUUGCAAACAUCACUUAGUACCUUGACUGUCCUAUAAACAGGUCACAUUAAAGAGUUCUGAGUAGCUUAGGAAUGACACAAUAUCACAAUAAAUUACAGCUUAACUACAUGGCUCUUGUGCCACAGUAAAUGGUGUUUUAAAUAUCUUUUGAAAAGAAAAUACCAUUAGUGUUUACAUUAGUUUUGUCUAUUUCCUGUAAUGGAAAUUGCAGAAAUGAAAGGUGGCACGACACUUUUAACAUUUUAAUCAAGGCAUUUAACCCUCAAGAUUUUUUUUUUCAAAUUUUGUUUGUAGCCAUUUAUUGUUUUUCAGUAUAUAAAAGCCUUUUUGUAUUGUGAAAAAAGCCCAUACAUAAGUGCCUUUCUGACAUUUUAUAUUACCUGCUUGCAUUCUUUCACACUUGCAUUUUUAAAGUUGUUUUUUACACUUAUGGUGCUAUGGAUUGUUAAAUUGAGGGCUAUCAAUAGUGUUUGUUUUAUUAUUUUAACAUUAAGAUGAUUUUUUGUUUUACAUAAAACAUUCUACAACAUGAUUUAACUGUGUAUAAUCUGCAUAUCUAUUUUUGAUGUGCUCACUCUUCCUGGAUAAUUAUCAACACAAUUGCCUACAUAAAGUUUUGGGAUUCAAUCUCGGUACUAAUAAUACAAAAGUACUAGAAAAGUACUUCACAUAAUACUGUUAACCAAGACUAACAGGAACAGAUAUCCAGUGAUGCAAUACAAUGAGUAAAAUUGGUAUAUUUUAAUUACAGAUUUAUUGGGCUAAUUACGGUAUUUGCUGACUUACUGAAAUGAUAUUCUCAUACCACUGCUUUCUAUAACAUGAAAAAGGGGACACGACUUCAGCAUCCUUUAUACAAUAAAAGAAACAUGAGGCAUAUUUUUAAAUGUUUAGUGCAGGCUUUAAUUAACUCUUUGUUUUGAAAGCAGGAAAUUCCAUGUUACAAAACUGAAUAAGAAAAAAACUCAAGACCAUUUAAGCAACCUUCAAUUAUAUUACUUAAUUGUUUGGUUCUAGUUUUGUACCCUUAGCAGGUGUUGUUCUCUAUUUAGAAACUAUGAGUUAAAGGCUGGAGUAAUUGCUUUGAAAAUGUGCCCCAAAAUAUCUAUUUUAUAGGAUAUGUUUGAUUAGAUUGAGAAAGGAUGCCUUAUGCUGCUCUUGAUAUAAAUUUAAUGUGUAAAAUAACCUGGAUCACCAAAGUUGACUAUGCAGUCUGUAAUCCACUCGUGGGUGGUUCUCAUUUUAAAUUUUCAGUGUGUCUUCUGUUUGUGCUGUUUGAUAAUCAGCCUUGAAUCUCUGUCAGCCAGUGUGUCUUCUACUGUUUUGUGAUGUCUGACUUUUAGUAUUCUGUGGGACAGCAAUAGUGUCAAUAUAAUGGGUGUCUGUAAUGAAUAUCAAUUGGCAAAAUAUUUUUGUUUAUACAUUUUAUAUCUCAUACCUGAUUUUUUGUACAUAAUUGUCUAAUUAGUAAAUUUGUUAAACAUUGUAUUAUAAUGUAAAUUAGAAAAUUGCUUGAUGCAUGGAUUUAUUUUUCAAUAGCUACAAACACCACAUAUGGUAUGGAUCUGAGUUACUUUAUAAAUGGUGUUGAUUGAGACUUUACAUUUUAUUGUAUGGGUGACAAUCAUAGUUUUGUGGGGUGGGGUUUAUACAGAGGAAAAUAUUUGAUGUAUCGAAAUGAAUGUGUGAAAAUGUGUGUCAAAAAUGAUGUUCAAUAUACAGAAAGAAAAACAUAUACAGAUCUUGUCCAGAAAUAAAUACAGAUUUCAUCAGGAA